AUGGAUGGCACAUCUUCCCAGACCAUUGCAGUGGUGGCGGCCUUAUGUAUAUACCGCCACGAAGUUGAAGUAUUGAAUGAAAAACUUCAAAAUGGCACUGCAAAGCCAUGUUUCGCCACGGCGCUCUUGGAGGGCAUCUCGAAAAAAGAAUAUGACCUGAGCGAGACGGAGAAGUUGAUGAUUUUCAGCACUCUCCUAGAGGCAGGUAGCGAUACUUCUCGGACGGCAAUCACUCAAAUGGUAGCGGCCGCGGCCGUAUUCCCGGACUGGGCAGCCAAAGCGAGGUCCUAUCUAGACCAAGUCUGCGGAUCCAAGGCAGAGCGCCUCCCUACACUCGCAGAUCGGAACAGUCUACCUUACAUCACUGCAGCUACCAAAGAGGUGCUCCGAUGGCGCCCAUUCAUACAGACUGGAGUACCUCAUGAGCUGGCGCAAGAUGAUGAAUAUGGUGGUUAUCGCUUUCCGAAAGGAACUCUGUUCGUUCGAAAUGCGUAUGCCCUUGCUCUGAACGAAAACGAUUACCCGGACGCCAUGAGAUUCAAGCCAGAGAGGUUCAUGGAUCAAGAUUUGAACAGUCCUUUGAAAGGUCACUGGUCUUUCGGUGCUGGGCGGCGUGUGUGUGUAGGUUAUAACGUGGGAUUCAAUAGUGUUUGGCUGGCCACAGCUUGUCUUCUGUAUUGUUUUGAUUCCGCCGAGGACGAGCGCCAACCUAUCGAUACACUGAGUUCUAAUUGGGACUCGGUGGAAGAACAGCCAUUUGCUGUGAAGAUUUCGCCCCGGAGUCAAGCCCAUGUCAACUUGAUUCAGCGAGUGGGGGCUGAUGUGCUGCAUAUUGAAUAA